AGAAUGACAGAGGACAUGACCUCUGUGGCAACUUUGGCCGCGUUCCCCUUUGGCGAGGGGCCCCAUGCAUACAUACAUGCAACCCCCCUGUGACCUCUGCCGUGGGGCUACUCGUACCGCACUAGCACCUGUAUUCAGUGCGCCUGCCUGCCGGUCCCGUUUUGGAAAAAAAAAAAAGUUGCAAUGCUCCAGCUUCCGCUGUGUGCGUCUCAAGGGCAAAAAGGGAAAACGAGCUGGCCAACCACAACAAAUGAGCACUGACUGCUCUGCUCUGCUCCUAAUACAUUCUCCCCCCCCCCCCACCACCACCUUUUUACCCCCUUUUUUUAAUUUUGAGCGGACAAACCUCACCACUUGUACUACAGUUGGACAUGUCCGUUUCUUAGCAUUAUUGUUAUUUUUAAAGAAGAUUUCAAAGCGGUGGCUUGCUCCGCGGCGGCGACAGCAUGGCCACAAUGUGACCGAGCUUGGAGCGCCAUAUGCGGCACCGUGUUCCCACUCCCUCCCGCCCCUUCUUCGUCAUGCGGUGGAUCACCGCACGAUCCAGCAUCCUCUUCAAUAGAUUUUUAAAUCUUUUCCAGUCGACCUCAAUGGAGGAUUUGGCGACGGAAAGAAGACGACCUCUAAAAUGAAAGCCAAACUUUCCUCAAGUCUCUUGAUUAUAAUCACCAUUUUGUGCCGAUAUGUUGGAGAUUGGGAGGAUUAAGAGAGGACUAUCCACAAGAACAUGAGAGUUGUACACCCCCGGAUGAAGAUGAAGAUGCCACGGAGGAUGGCGUUGCACGACCGGGAGGCUGGAGAGUGAACGCCGGCUUUGGUGCGUCUUUGCUCGGUCACGGAGAACACGGACACGCACAUACAGAGAAGGACAGACAUCUUUGGAUGUAAAUGAUCCAAAAUUAUUAUUGUAGUUGGCUGGCUCCAUAGGACUCCCGUGGAUACAAUGGGGAUUAUGCUCCAAGUUAUUCUAGGAAUGUUUCAAUUCCUACUGCUCACCACAAUCCCAACGUCCCACGCCAAGCUGGCUCACUGGCAUCCAACUGACACGUCCAAAUCCAGAGAAGUGCGACGGUGGUUGGAGGUGUACUCCCGCAGUGGCUGCGAGCCCCGAGAGACCUUGGUGGAGGUCUGGCGGGAGUUGCCGGGGGAAACGCACCACCUUUUCGUGCCCUCCUGCGUAGCGGUGAGGAGGUGCGGUGGAUGCUGCGCCGACGAGGCCAUGGAGUGCGUGCCCUCGCUCACGCACAAGCUCACCAUGGAGCUGAUGAGGACUUCCUUUAUGAAACAUGAGCUGAUUCAGCUGACUUUUGUGGAACACAGCCAGUGUGAGUGCAGGUUAAAAGAACAGCUCCGGCUGACACCAACGACAAGGCCCUAUCACGAGCCAACAAGAGUCAAGAAAAAGGGCCGAGGAAGUAAGACAGUUGGAGGCAUCCGAAAUGCGACUCCUGUUUUCUCCUUUUCCCCCACCAGCUCUCCUCCUCCGCCGACUUUGCGGCCAUCUUGUCGGCCAUGCAGAGGCAGAAAGUGGACGCUGGAUACGGCCUCAUGUCGAUGUCUCUGCAGAAUCACUGCUGAGAGCUGCCACCGAAAGCACCGGCAACUCGACCCGCAUCGCUGCAGGUGUGAUGCCAUGAGGACUUGACACAUUCCCCUUCUCACCUCGUCCUCUCCACCCAAACCCGCCCAACGGAAGUAUUAUUAGCACACAGCCUGUAUUAGCUUUUUCAAGUUAAGCCACCACUGUAGCACUCUACAUGUACAUCGUAUGUGUGUGUGUGUGUGUGUGUGUGUGUGUGUGUGUGUGUGUGUGUGUGUGUGUGUGUGUGUGUGUGUGUGUGUGUCUCCACAUGUACAGUACAUAACGUGCGCAGACACGUCCAUUCACUGAACACCUCAUACAAGCGCAGGGACCACAGCGCUGAUUUAUGAUUUAUGGAUAAACAUUCCCCAGUAGACUACGGCUUUGCAGUUGCUUGAACACCGUUGGGACUAUCAUGGAUGAAGUGGACCUCUUGAAACACUGAGACAGAUUUUUUUCAGGUUCACAUUGGGGCCAAUGCUUGUGUGGAGAGUUAAAAAAAAACAAAAAACCUGCAAUCAGAUAAAAGGUGCAAACACAGUCAGGCAUGGUGGACGGGACAUAGUAUACGCACAUGCAAUGGCACAGCCUAUGUGUGUGUUUGGACCUAUCGUCGUGCUGAAUGUAUCUGUGUGGUCUGGCUCUGAAAGACUCCAGAUGGGUUAUCCCUCGCCUAAAGCAUAUGAGCACGGGCGAGCCUUUUGCAGCAUUUGUUUUAAUUUGGGCCCUUUUGUCUCUUGUCUUUUCCAUCGGAUUGAAAGCGGACGCCUUUCGCCUCGCUUUGCCUCGCUUUUAGGCAGUGAGAAGAAUGACAAUAAUGAGGUCUGGCGUCUGUCCACUGCUUUGCACAACACACACACACACACACACACACACACACACACACACACACACACACACACACACACAUUCCCAGUGAAAGCAGGAGCGCAAAUAGCACAUACACACAAACAAUGUGAAACGAAUGCAGGAAGCCAUAAGCUUUUUUUGUCUUUUCUAUAUAUUACGUGCAUUUUUUUUAUUAAACAAGCCUCGAUAUUAUGCAUUUUUCUAAUUUUAUCACAUUGCUUGAAUGUCCCGUUUUGUUUGUCCACAAUCUGUCCGCAUAGUCAAGCCGGGUGGCCCAAAUGUCUUGAGUCCAAAUGGAUAUGUCUCACUCACACAAACCACAAAAGAGCAGUAAUCGGUAUGCAUUAAAAUAAGUUAAUCACACAAAAAAAAAAGCAGUGAAAGGAAAAGGUGGGAUCAUGUCUUGUUCAGGGUAUAACAGACCGCCGUUUACGGAUGUUCUUUGGUAUAAAAAGGACAAAGGAGGCCCCAAAUGGGUUGUCAGUCAAUGUGACAGGCCAAAGCUGGAGCUCUAUACACAUCACGCUCCAAAAUCCGCAGCCGUAUUGACGUGACGGACCAAAAGGCGGAGCUGUGUAGAUUUUACGGACUAAAAGUCGGAGCUGUAUUGAGAUGACGGUCCAACAGCCGGAGCCAGAUUGUUGUGACAGACCAAAACAGAAACCGUAUAGACAUGACAGACCAUGACCAACGCUGUACUUGACGGUCAAAAGCCAGAGUCGGAUUAAUAUGAUGGGCCAAAACUGGAGCCGUAUGGAUGUUAUGCACCAAAAGUUUCGAGUGCUGAUUUUUUUUUUUUUUUUAAACAGGAACGUUUUUGUAGUCACAGUUUAGCCCUUUGCCUUCAUUGAAAGUGUCAAAAGUACACAACCUAGCCUUGGGCACUCCGCCGUAAAUGAAUGACUGGGACUGCCUCAAGUAAAGACAAACUGCAUGACAAAUACCAUAUUUAUACCUUUAUGUCAAGUUAAAAUCUCUGUCAUUGCAUCGAUCACUACCUCUUUAUCAGAACACAUUAGUAACCUAACAUUACAUUCUUAUCUUAACGCUUUUGCAAGUGUAUUUAUUAAUAAGUACAUGUUGGGUUUUUUUUGUUUUUCGUUUUUUUGGCUAACCUGACACCAUGUGUUACGGAGGCCCCAGAUAUGAGAUGGGGAUUUUUUUUCUUGGCCACAAAAUAAUGCAACAUGCGUACAUUAUGCCUAUUUUGCGGCAAAACUAUAAUAAUUCGUUGCCAUGAAAUACGGUCAAUAUAGUCUGCACAUGAAAUACAAAUUUUUAAGCAAAUGCACCGCACAUUCGCUACGAAUAGCAAUGCAGCUAUUUGAGACGUCGGUUGCAUUUCCAUUAAAUCCCCAGAAUGAGGCUAAGCUCGUUAUAUCAAUUUGGAGGAAAGUGUUCGGAAAUACACUCUGAUACGCUAACACCACACUGCGACUGGGUGCGUUCAGAGAGGUGGAGCGUACUCCCCUCCCAUCAAUUUCAGAACACAGCCCAUUUGCUAAGCCAUAGGAGCUUGUGCUUGAACUGUUUCCAUCCAAACUGUCUGAUGCUCUGGGCAUCAGACAGUGUCCCCAGUUGAAGCAGCUAAUGCAAGCUCUGGCACUCUUUUUUUGGUGCACUCUGAAUAACCGAACGGAACAUUUGAACAAUGCUCUGAGUUUCUGAUUGGCUGGAUUGAAGCAUUGCACGCUUGGGGCAUAUUUCCGAGCGCACCCUAGAUUUUCAUCGUGCUUUUAAAAUUUUGGUUUGACCUUUAUUUUGCUGGUAUUUUAAACUUCUAUUGUUUUCCCAUUAUAAUAAGACCGAUCAGACCUAUCAGAAUGAGGCUAAUGGUUUAGCUUUACUUUUUACUGAGUUAGCUGUAGCAGAACAAAAAAA